GCAUUCCAAUUCACUUCAUUACCAAAUUUGAAUGCGAAUUUGAAUUACGGUGUCGCGUAUUGAUUCAGCCCAACAAUUCCUUUAAGUAGUCCACCGUUUUUCUCUCUCCAUGGAAUUCCAGAACAAUCUGACAAUUUAUCUCUUGACAAGUACGAUAAUUCUCUUGCUAUCAGAUUCUUCUCCUUCUCCUCUUUGACAACCCAACAACUCUUUCUCAACUUACAACCAUUUUGUCAUUAUUUAUCCAUAUUGAUUGUAGCACAAUCGCUCAUCUACUGUACGUAUGAGUAUUUCACAUAGCUCGAAAAAAGAUACUCGAACUCACCCAGGUGUCCAAAUUCCUCAUCAGUCCUGUUGUUUUUUCUAAUAGAGCUAUCUUUCCCCUCUUUCCUGUGGGCUGAAGUUGUCACGCGAGGAGCUCUUUAAGGCAAACAUCCUAUCACAAACGUACAACUCGCUGUCGUUGUAUAUGAUCUUUUUAUCAAAUAUCUACUAACACAGGUUCCACCAUAGAUAUCUUUAGAACGCGCCACCAACCCGAGUAUACCUUCUUUGCUUCCCAUCAUAUUCAAUACAAUCUUCCCAAAUCGUCAUCUACCAUUAGUCGAGAGCAAGCGAUCGCAACAUGGGAAAUAAGAAUGCCCGAGCAAAGAGAUCCUUUGACUUGCCAAAUUUGACUUUGCCCUCCUUGGUCGCAGCGGACGGCAUUUACGCAACAAAUGUAUCCGCGGUCACUAGCCCUAAAACUCCCUUGGGAUUUAAAUCAUUCCGCCAGGGAACUUUGAUCACCCCAAACUUUGAAGCUUUGGAUAAAGUAGCGCCGAAAUCGCUAUCUGCGACCUCGCCAGAGUUUGUCCCGGCACUUCCUCCCCAGAUUGCACCAUUUGUAAAGGCGCUUGUGGAUACCAGUUCUGGGGCUCCCCCAGUGAAGGAAUUCAUGGAUCGAUCAGAGAUGGCGGAUCGUACACAAAUGAAUGGAGCUCUCUACCAUUUCCACACCAUGGGUGACAGCUUGACGGCUAUGUCUAAGCUACCAAUGAAAUUAGAUCAUGUAGCGACUCCGGCCAAUGGGAAUGGUUUAAGUUCUACGUAUUGUCUUAAAUUUGACCAGAAGGCAGGUAUUCAUCCGUUACAGGACGGAAUGAAUGCAAUGUCCAUUCACUCCGCGAACUCCACAUCAGAUAAGACUGGGUCGAGCAGCCUUGUCACUCCGACCAAGACAAAUGAGACUCCACUUUCAACACCGUCUCCCAUUGUGUUGCCCACGGGUCCCAGACCAGGAAAUCCACAUUUUGGCCGUGCAGAUAAGAAGAAGAAGGACAUCAUAAUCACUCAAAUUGGCAUCAUUAGAAAUUCUGCUCGAAUCACCGAGCGCUUCACGGAGAAUGGAUAUCCGUACAAACAUACAUGUGCGGAUGAAUUCAAGCCUGGUGUGUACGACGUAGCUAGUGUCGUUGGCAAAAUGCCGGCAAAGGAUCGUGGUGAAUUUUGGGAAAAAAAUUGGAUCGAAAUUGAAGUUGACUUCCGUUCAGAGGAAGAAAUUGCUGGGACCAAUACUCAAGGUGAUGGACAAGAAACGUCUCCCAAAGACUACGACACAUUGCUCAAUUAUAUCGAUUACCUCGGUCCAGACUUUGCUGCUCAUGCCAAAUAUAUCUUCGUCAACAUUCUAUUUCCUUCCAUUGCCGAUACCAACCAAUCCAAAGUCAAUUCUUCCGUUUUAACUUGCCAGCAAACCCGCGAAUUUCAACACAUUGAGAGACUCGUAGCUAAAUUACAAUGUUUUCCAAACAUCAAGCGUUUGGAUGUCAUCUUGCAAACUCCUUCAAAUACCAAGAAGCCGCUAUCCAUACCUCAACUCAACUUGGUUCUCCCAUUUUACGACCUCGGUUUCACUAAUUGGAAUAUCAAGUGGAAGACGAGUUUCAUGACAAAGGCCGAGCCGGUGGGUGGAUGGCCUGUUCAUUAUCUUGACAAGGAGAGAAGUCGGCUACUGAGGGAGAGAGAACGAGUCAAGAAUGCUGUUUUUGUUAGGAAGAGCCAAUUUGUUACAUGAAGUUAUUCAUGGACUUGACCAGGACUCGCAGGGUCAGAGUUGUUGCCGGUCUUCUCCAUGAAAGCUUGUCAUAUGCGGUUGCUUACCGUAUUUAGCUCAUUCGAGCAUCUUUUCCAAUUUCCAUCAUCGUGCGCAACGGCAUAGCGUUGUUAUUACUUCAACAUUGGUUUCGAGAUAGUGAAAGGGAUUUUGCCUGACUACAAUGAUAAAAGUUACUUUCAUUCAAGCCCAACCGCAUCAAAUUCAAACACCCAGCGCAGUGACUAGUUGUC